UGGGCUUCAAAGCAAGCAGGUUCUUGCAGGAGAGAGAAUAGACUCACUUUAAAAAACCUGAGAUCAAGAUGAAUCUUUUAAAAAAGGUUGUAGCAGUAUUAUUAAGUGCAUAUCUACUUGGCUUAUCCCUGUCAGCACCACUAAGUUACAGAAAGUCCAAAAAACAACUAAAGCACAUCAGAAAAAGAUAUCUAUUCGUCGAUAAAAGGAUAUUCUACCAAGAACCAUCAAGUGUCAUUCAGCGUCGACUUCGUCGGGAUGUUGCUGCACAAGAUGCCAGCCCCUGUCCUUAUACAACUUACGAAACGCCAACAAAUUUCAAUGAGAUUCCAAGCUCUCUUGUAGUCGCAGAGUGUCUUGGUUGYCCACAUACAUGUCAUGCUUUAGAAGCCACUGUUUUCGUGCUGGUUGGAAGAGGCAGAGACUGGAGAACUUGGGACAGAGUGUAUGGGUAUGAACAGCGGACUAUCACAGUAGGCUAUAGCUAUGACCCUUCAAAAAAGCCCAAAGAGUGAAAAUAUAAGCUUACAU